UGGUAUCGUGAUCUACUCUGUUGACACGUACUAGUUUCAGGGUGCGCAAUUGGCGUGAUGUUCAAGUGGCACCAUUCUCCUACGCCUUAAUGAUCUCGAAGAAUCUCCGACGACUCACGAGCGCACACUGCAAACCGUGUGGCCUAUACAGAUCUCCUACGGUACUAGGCUGCUGCAACUGCUUACAAUACUUACAGUUAUUCGACUAUGACACUGCCCCAGGUUCGAGCGCAAUAUCAACACGACUGUUUUUCGUCCGAAGGUGACCGAAUCCCUUCUUAUCUGAGGCUAUAAGUACCUGCCCGAAGUUCAGCAUAAUCAUUUCGUACCUUAUCUCUGCUAUCAACUCGUGCUUUACGAGAACCAUGUCCUCUGAUUCCAAAUCCCAUGUGCCUCUGGUCAUCCUCGGGGCGGGGGUGAUUGGACUUACCAUCGCCUUCAUUGCUGCCUGUGACUCAGAUGUGAAUUUUGAUAUUACGAUCCUAGCAAGAGACAUGCCUGGGGAUUGGCAUUCUCAAGCUUGGGCAAGUCCAUUCGCUGGCGCAAGUUGGUCUCCAAAUCCGUUAGGUGGCACGGAUGAGCGUGUGCGACGAUGGGAGCAGAUAAGCUUUGAUAGGUUAUGGGAAAUGGCACCAUCAGGCUUGGUCAAGAGAUCACCCGCUAAGAUCCUCGGAGAGACCGACGCCGUUCUUUCUACCAUCUGGUGGCAAGACCUUGUGCGCGAUUUCAGUUUGCUCUCAGAGUCUGAAGUCCCUGCACCAUACAAAGUGGGAGUUUCUUUCAACACAGUCACCAUGAACCCGACGGAGUAUUUAUCAUGGCUUCGAUCAGAGCUCGAGUCUCGUGGUGUUGUGUUCCGUCGCCAAUACAUAAGGAGCUUGGAUGAAGUCAAGCCUUUUGUCGGGAAAACCGGGUUGUUGGUCAACGCAACGUCUCUUGGUGCACGGUCUUUGAUCGGAGUAGAAGAUACAACCAUGUAUCCGAUCAGGGGACAAUCUAUUGUAGUCGAAUGUACUGGCUUGCAGGAAUUCGUAACAGUACGGUCUGGUGGCGGGUUGUCAGAACUGGCCACAUCCAUUACUCCUCGUCCUGGGCUGACGCAAACGAACACCGCGUUUCUAAAUGGAACAUAUCAAGUAGGAAACUGGGACACAUCUUUGGAUAUGUCGGCUGCGAAAGGCAUAUUUGAGCGGUGCUCCACCAUAGCGCCAUGUUUGAAAGACGAAGGGACGAAGAUCCUUAUGCACAACGUUGGCCUUAGGCCGGACAGGAAAGGUGGUCCACGUGUGGAAGCCGAGCGCAUCUCGCUUCCUCUUGUACGAAGUGGCGGUUUAGUUCCCAACCCGAGCCCGGGCGAGGAUGCAGAACAACAACACAUAACAGUUAUUCACGCAUAUGGAAUGGGAGCCGCGGGCUACCAAAGAUCAUGGGGUGUAGCUCUCGAGGUUCUAUCUCUACUGAAGGAGAACAUGUAG